AUGGACCUCUUCAAGUCUCUCUCAGGCAAUCCCUCCUCGCCUGCAGAGGAUCGUUCUCGCCGGCAAAGAAUAGUCGUUGCCAUUACAGGAGCAACGGGAGCUAUCUUAGGCAUCAAAACCCUGGUCUCUCUUCGUGAAUUGAAUGUGGAGACCCAUCUUGUUAUCAGCAAAUGGGCUGAAGCAACAAUCAAAUACGAAACCGACUACACUAUCGCCAAUGUUCGUGCGUUAGCCGAUUAUGUCUACAAUGUCCACGAUCUGGCGGCGCCAAUCUCCAGCGGCUCUUUCCGCGUUGAUGGGAUGGUAGUUGUGCCGUGCAGCGUGAAGAGUCUUGCUGCGAUCGCUUCCGGGAUCUGCGAUGAUCUAGUCACUCGAGCUGCGGAUGUCAUGCUGAAAGAACGGCGCAGACUUGUUCUUGCCCUCCGGGAGACCCCUCUCAGCGCAAUCCAUUUGCACAAUAUGACCUCCGUCACACAGGCCGGUGCUAUUAUAUUCCCACCGUGUUGGACGGAUGCUGGAUCUCUUUGA